AUUCAUGCAAGCGAUAUGUUGACAGACAGACGUGUGGCAAUGAAUGAGCCAAGACCGAACACGACAGUUUGAGGACACUCGCAAUGCGGAUUUCAUCUGACAGCUUCGAGAGCAGCGCAGAUCCUGCGUGUUGACUGAUUUGUUGCAGAAAUAGCUCUUGUUUUGGGUUUGUAGGAUCAUUUCCUCAUCAUGCUUCAGUUGGGAGAUGGACUCGUACUGUUUUCUACUGUUUUCGUCGUGGUUCUGGUGGGAACUAGGAGCGCUGUGUGGCCCACGGUGCUCGCGGCCUCUCUCUACCUGUUUCUGGUGAUGUUUCGGUUCCCUCAGGUUCCCUCCAGCCGGACCAGACAGGUGCUGCAGCCCGGCUCCAGAGUGCCUGCGGGCGGCGUGUCGGCGGUGGCUCACCGCGGUGGAGGACACGACGCCCCAGAGAACACUAUAGCUGCUAUAAGAGCGGCGAGUGAGAAUGGAGCCACGGGUGUGGAGCUGGACCUGGAGUUCACGGCUGAUGGGGUUCCUAUACUGAUGCACGAUGAAACCGUGGACCGAACCACAAACGGCUCAGGAUCCCUGAACAAGCUGCUCUUCUCUGAACUGCGCAAACUCGACGCAGCCGCCAAACACAGAUUCAGCGACCGUUUCCGAGGCGAGAAGGUCCCGACGCUGCAGGAGGCUGUAGAGGAAUGCAUUAAGCACCAGUUGACCAUCUAUUUUGACGUCAAAGGUCAUCCAGAUGAGGCAGCUGCAGCUCUAAAAGAGUUAUUUCGGAAGUAUCCAGUGCUCUACAACACAAGCAUCGUCUGCUCAUUUGAGCCCAAAGUCAUCUAUAGGAUGCGGCAGGCGGAUCCGAAUGUGGUGACCGCACUGACCCAUCGUCCGUGGAGUCUCAGCCGUUUUGGCGACGGGACGCCACGCUUCUCUUCCACAUGGAAACAACACUGGAUGCAGGUGUUGGACGUGCUCCUGGACUGGGCUCAUCAUCACCUGCUGUGGAACUUGUGUGGAGUCUCUGCCUUCCUGGUGCAGAAGAACUUCAUCUCGCCGGACUAUGUGCAGUACUGGGCAGCCCGAGGGGUAGAGGUGGUGGGCUGGACGGUGAAUACGGCAGUAGAGAAGCAGUACUACCAGCAACUACUGAAGAUCAACUACAUUACUGACAGCCUGGUGGAGGACUGUGACCCUCACUACUGAAACACCACAUGGUGCAAUGUUUGUUUGAGCCUUUUAUAAUUCAAUGACUAAAGUUGCUUCACUUAAAAGAUAGAAGUAUAUGUCUGUAUUUGAAUUGUUUAGGUUUGUUUAGUUAGCAUGCAGUAGAGACUUGAAUUUACAGGGUAACCAAGUGCUUUCAUUGUGUAUUUUACAAUACAGGAGAUGUAAAUAUCAGUGUUCAAAUGUACUGUAAAAACCCACUCAGGUGAGCCAAUUUAUGACUAUUUAGAGAUAAUCAUCAUUUUUCUUAAAUACAGUUUCCUUUUUAAUGCCAAUCUAAGAACGACUUGGAGGAAAGUGAAAGGAGUUAAUUUAAUACUCCUGCUUUUCCUUUUCUGCUACUUGAUUUGUGUGGAAAUCGAGCUUUACUUAUAUCGAUAUUUAGUCUAACGUGUGGCUUGUUUUGCAUUCAUGACAUGAAUUCUUGCUAAUUACAUUUAUGUCAUACUUAAAAGGUUUGGUAUUGAUAGCUAAUGAACAGGUUACAUUUAAAACAGUAAGUCUGUAAUUAUAUCCACCUUAAGGGAGUCAAGAUAUUUAUGAUAUAAGCAAUAAACUUGGUCUUGAGGUCAGUUCUCAGGCAGCUACCAAAUGCCAACCUUAUGUUGGACACUGAAAUACUAAUUCACUAAUCACAAUUACUUGAAAAUGGCAUGUUUAUCAGUUUUCUUGGGCAAUUAUUGUAAAAUAAAAAAAUUAAUUCUGAA